AAAGGGCGUCCAGAGGGGAGCCGACACAGCCUCGUCAGACUCCAGGAGACCUGCGUGGCCGCGAGCACAGCGCUGAGAUGAAGACCCUGCUCCUCACCUUCGUGCUGCUUGGUGUGGUGGCCGCCCUGCCAGCUGAGGGCCCUCUGUCCUUCCUCUCAAAAGAGUUGGAUGUGAGGCCGGGCGGGGUGCCUAGGGUAGGAGUAAGGCCGUGGCCACUGGACAGCAGCCAGCGACUGGGACCCCUGUUUCAAGAGGUCACAGGGACCUGGUACCUGAAAGCUAUGGUGGCCAACAAGAACCUGUCAGAGGAGGACCAGCCCAAGAAGGCAUUCCCUGUGAUGAUGACAACCCUGGAAGGAGGGGACGUGGAGGCCAAGAUCACCUACGUCAAGAAGGGGCGGUGCUACGAGGAGAAAGUUCUGCUGCACAAAGCCCAGGAGCCUGGAAAAUACAGCGCCUAUCAGGGCAAGAUGUCCAUAAACAUAGAGGAGACGUCUGUACGGGACCACAUCCUCUUUUACACUGAGCAUGUUUUACAUGGGAAGAUGAUCCGCAUCGGAAGCCUCAUGGGGAGGACCCCUGAGGAAAACCCGGAGGCCCUGGAGGAAUUCGAGAAAUUCACACAACACAAGGGACUCCCGCAGGACAGCUUCAUUCCCGAGCAGAAGGAAAACUGUGUGCCCGAGUAUGACUAGGAUAAGUGACGCGCUGAGUGGAUGUUGAAAAUGCCCAGAAUCCUGAAUUUCUCCUAUUCCAGCAUCCAUUCCUUUGGCUCCACUCCUUUCCCAACCAGGAAGGAGAGACCCCACCAGGCCAGGCGGGAGUGGUCACCUCAGGAGUUGACCUUGUGUACCCUCCAGACAUCUUUACCAUUACCAACAGCAGUUUAGCCCCAUCAUCCUUCCCAUCCCCGGUGUCCACUUAGUCUGGUCCCCACUACACAAACCCACCAGGGGUUCUCAGAGACCAGGCCAUUCAUGGAGAAGAUAGGAUCACCCUUGGUGCCAUAACCACCAGCAGGGGCUGUGUGGUGGCCUGGGGAAAGAUCUCUGAUCUGGCACCACCCCAGCACCUCCUGCCUCUCCCUGUCCCUACAGGAGUGGCCCCAACCUCUGCUCCCCUUUCUGUCACUAUACCCAACCAGGUCUGCGCCUCCUGAGUCCACCAUCCUGCCUACUGGCCUGGCCUCCUGAACAACCCCUCCCUCCACAACCUCCUGCAACACCCCUGGUCUCACCUGACUCAAAAUAAACAACUUCAGCAGCC